AUGGUUUCCAACAGCCAAAAACAAUGCAUGUCUGUUCUGUUCCUCGUCCUUGCUCUCAGUAUCACCAAUGUAAUGUCCCGAAAGCUGCAACAAUCCACAUCAUCACCAUCCUUAGAAGAAAGACACGAGCAAUGGAUGACAGAAUAUAGCAAAGUAUAUAAAGAUGAUGCUGAGAAAGACAAACGUUUCAUUAUAUUCAAGGACAAUGUUGAAUUCAUUGAAUCAUUCAAUGCUGCCAACAACAAACCUUACAAACUAAGUGUUAAUCAUCUAGCUGAUUUGACUGUUGACGAAUUUAAGGCUUCCCGUAAUGGUUACAAAAAGAGGUCUACUAGUACUGGGUUAACUUCAACAUCAUUUAAGUAUGAAGAUGUUACUUCUAUUCCAUCAUCUGUAGAUUGGAGAGUAAAAGGUGCUGUCACUCCAAUCAAGGAUCAAGGUCAAUGUGGGAGUAGUUGGGCAUUUUCAACUGUGGCUGCAACAGAAGGUAUCAACCAAAUAACAACAGGCAAACUAGUAUCCCUCUCAGAGCAAUAUACAAAAGAAACUACAGGGCUGUGUCAUAAAACUUACCUCAAACUUCACUAA